UAUUAGCUAAUUAAUAUUCUAAUUCGUCUCUCAAACUAAUAUUUGCAGUAGAAAUUGUUCGCUAGUUCUAUGAAUUAGUUCAACAGAUAUUCCUUUGUGCAAAAGAUGUUUCAGGUGUAUGCUUUUUUACAUAGACGUUGUAGUUCUUUAAGAUGCUAUAGCGAAAAACCUUAUAAACGAAUCAUAAGAUCAGUGCGUCAAGGUGUUAUUGCCGGACGAGAGGAUCACCUAUCAAAUGGGAUGCCAUAUUAUUAUUUUCGAGGAGUGCCCUAUGCAGUUCCGCCACUUCGAGAAUUGCGUUUCAAGUCGCCUGUUUCGUUGGAAUGCUUCGAUCGUCCCUUGCUAGACUGUACGCACUUCAGAGAUCCAUGUCCACAACGUGAAGCAAUAACAAACAAAAUUUUGGGUACGGAGGACUGUCUGCAUCUCAAUAUUUAUGCCCCAGCAAAAUGCACCGCGGAGCCACUGCCAGUUAUGGUCUGGAUACAUGGCGGUGGAUUUACUGCAGAUACUGGCAAUAAGUAUCUACCGCUGAGCCUUUUGGAGGAAGGUGUGAUUGUGGUUACAUUAAACUAUCGUUUAGGCGCUUGGGGUUUUCUAUGCUUGCCUGAGGCAGGUAUUUGGGGAAACGCUGGUCUCAAAGAUCAGCGUCUUGCACUGCAGUGGGUUCAUGAGAACAUCGAAAACUUCAACGGUGACCCCAAUAACGUUACAUUGUUCGGAGAAAGCGCUGGCGCAGUAUGCGUGCAGAUGCAUAUGUUAACUUCACAAGCAAGUAAAUUCUUUCAUAAAGCCAUAAUGCAAAGUGGUUCCGCUAAUAUAGAGUGGUCAUUUCAACGCAAACCGAAGGCGAAAGUGCGUCACUUAUGUGAACUGCUCGGUUGUAAGUCAAAAGGCCCGAAGGCAAUGCUCGAAUUUUUGCAGUCACCCGAAAAGGUAACUCCUGAGGCAGUUUUGCGCAUGUCAUUAUCUUUACUCUUACCCGAUGAACGACGUCGUGGACCGCCUUUCCCGCUACGGCCUGUACUCGAAGAUUCGAGCAGCCCAGAUGCCUUCAUUAGUAGUCCGGUAUUAGAAUUAAUGCGCCAGAGAGACACUCUUACUAUACCUACGAUGAUUGGCUACAACUCCGGAGAAGGUCUUACACUUUUAAGGCAUUCGAUGAAACAAAUGAAGAAAGUCGAUGAAGAUCUUCAGCGCUUUGUUCCUCGUAACAUCUCACUGUCUGCCGAACAACCGGAAAUGAAAGUGUUGACACAAAAAGUUCGUGAAUUCUAUUUCGGAGGGCGUAAAAUUACACUAGAGCACCUUCAAAGCCUAUGUAAUUUAGUAACAGACUAUCAUUUCCUCAUCGAUAUACACUUAGCGACAGAAUUACAAGCGAUACAUCAACCGCGUGCUCCACUCUACGCCUAUCGCUUUGAUUAUACGGGCGGUCGUGACUUUUACAAGCGAUUUUUUGCAUUUGAGCAUCUAAAUGGUGCCUGUCACGCAGAUGAACUUCAUUACCUCUUCCAACUGCAGAAUGAUGAUCUGAACACACUUGAAGAAUAUGACGCACAAAUCACCAAACGACUAAGUGCAAUGUGGGCCAACUUUGCGCGUCAUGGUGAACCAACUCCUCAAAAUAGUAACGUAGCAAAAGAGCUCGGAUUUACAUGGACCCCUGUUAGGGAUGCGUCGGAGGGAGAUUAUUCUAAAUUAGACUAUUUUAUUAUUGAUCGGAAAUGUAGUAUGCGCCAAGAUCCUGACAAAGAUCGCAUGGAAUUCUGGGAUGAAAUAUAUCGAACAUAUCCUCCAUUAGACUAUUCAAAACUAAAUGGAACUACCUAAAAUUUGUUUAUUAUUUAUUGGAUUAAAUUGUCUAAAGUUUAAAUUUUUUUUAUAACGCUAGCCAAUUUUUGGGACUUAAAGCUAAAGCAUUAACAAAAAAGUUGUAAAAAAUAUUAUUAAUAAGAGAGAAUUGAAUGGAAACCACUCGGAAAUAUAAUUUAGAUAAUAUGAACAUCAGUUAGAGAUAGAGCAACUCAUUUUAGUACCUAUCCUUGUUGGAUAGGUGUGGGCUGACAUGAAAAAUUACUAGACAUGAGAUCAGUAAAAAGUUACACCGAUAUAGUACAGGUGCAAAGGAAACAGAACAUACUCUCGUGAGAAUACCAAAAGCUUUUGAACCCUUAAAAAUAAAUAAAUAAUUGUGGCGAGCUUCUUCUAUUUGUGGGGUACGUCCCACAAAUAGCGAGACCUACAGUUUUAGGCUCGCAGCAACCCAUCGGCUAUGGCGACCUUUACUCCUAACAUUAAUAACAAAAAUUCUACCAUCCGUAAAGUAAUUUUUCUUUCGCUUGGACAUAACUGUAGUAAAUGCUUCAUUUGCAAUUCUGAUGAAUUAAGCAUUUUUUUGGAAUAACUGUGCGCUCCUAAAAUAAUUUCUGUGGUAUGCGUUUUGGAAUUGUUUAAAACUUUGUCGGAAGCGUUAUUUUUCUCAAAGGUAAGCCCAGGAGUUAAAGUCCUGGGUCAGCCCAUUAAAAGCGAGACAAAUAUAUGCAAAAGAGUCGCCUCCAAUUGUUAUUAGAGAAAUAAAUGGAAUUUGUCAAAUGUUUCAACAAAAAUGUAUACCAUUGCGAUAAACGAGACUGAAAAGUACAUGUAUUGAAAUUUGUACGCCACCUGAUCACUUGCAAUGGCCAAGGAUUAUUCGAUUAUAAACGCCAAACUCUAAAUCAAUACUGUUGUCUCCAUAUUCUUAUGCUUGCAUAUUAUGUGAAACGCGUGGAAAUUUUUAUAUGUAUG